ACUUUAUUGUGUUAGUGGUGUCGUCUCGGCGUGUUACGACAUGGGCAAGGAGAAGACCCACAUAAACCUCAUUGUUAUUGGUCAUGUCGAUUCUGGAAAAUCGACGUCCACUGGCCAUUUGAUCUACAAAUGUGGUGGAAUUGACAAAAGAACCAUUGAGAAGUUCGAGAAGGAAGCUGCCGAGAUGGGCAAGUCUUCCUUCAAGUACGCUUGGGUUCUUGAUAAGCUAAAGGCUGAGCGGGAGCGUGGUAUCACCAUUGAUAUCGCUCUUUGGAAGUUUGAGACGCCGAAGUAUCUUGUCACUAUCAUUGAUGCUCCUGGACAUCGUGACUUCAUUAAGAACAUGAUUACAGGCACCAGCCAGGCGGAUUGCGCGAUUCUUGUUGUUGCUGCUGGUACUGGCGAGUUUGAGGCAGGUAUAAGCAAGAAUGGACAAACUCGUGAGCACGCCCUGCUUGCUUUCACUUUGGGUGUAAAGAAGCUCAUAAUCGCGGUUAACAAGAUGGACGCGGUCGACUAUAGCGAAAAGCGUUUCCAGGAGAUCAGUUCCGAGAUGAAGGCUUACAUUAAGAAGGUUGGGUACAACCCCGAUACCGUGAACAUCGUGCCAAUUUCUGGUUGGGUUGGCGAUAACAUGCUUGAGCCGAGUCCCAACAUGCCCUGGUACAAGGGACCGACUCUUCUUGCUAGCAUCGAUCUUGUCGAGCCUCCGACUCGUCCUGUGGACAAACCUCUCCGGCUUCCUCUCCAGGACGUUUUCAAAAUUAGCGGCAUUGGCACUGUUCCUGUUGGUCGUGUUGAGACCGGUGUGAUGAAGCCCGGUAUGAUCGUCACCUUUGCUCCGGUUGGCAUCUCAACCGAAGUAAAGUCCAUCGAAAUGCACCAUGAGGCUUUGGCCGAGGCCGUUCCUGGAGAUAACGUCGGCUUUAACGUGAAGAAUAUCUCUGUGAAGGAUGUUCGUCGCGGCAAUGUUGCGGGAGACUCAAAGAACCAUCCUCCACGGGAGGCUGGCGAGUUCACUGCGCAGGUGAUCAUUCUCAACCAUCCCGGUGAGAUUGGUGCAGGCUACACUCCUGUCCUGGACUGCCACACUGCCCAUAUUGCUUGUAAGUUUGCCGAACUUAAGGAGAAGAUCGAUCGUCGAACCGGUCAGGUCAAGGAGACCAACCCUGCAAAGAUUAAAUCUGGUGAUGCGGCCAUUGUUAGGAUGAUACCCAGCAAGCCUAUGUGUGUUGAGGUGUUCUCUGAAUUCCCACCUCUUGGUCGUUUUGCUGUUCGUGAUAUGAGAUCCACCGUCGCCGUGGGUGUCAUCAAGGCUGUAGUCUUCAAAGAUAAGGAAGCCAAGGCGACGAAGUCUGCCCAGAAGGCCGCGAAGGCGAAAAAAUGA